AAGCCAUUGUCGGAUGGACACUCUUUCGCAUGUUUCUUCAUCUAUUCGAUGGGAAAAUUCGAAAUGAAAAAUAUUUUUCGGCUAAUAAAUUGCAGAUAGAACGAAAUUUGAAGGAUGCUGCGACGUCGAGGGCUGACGUCGCUCCUGCUGGGGCUGACAAUCGAGUGGAAACAGCAAUGAUUAUGCGAGGGAAGUAUGAAGACGAUUUCGAGGGCCGUUAAGUAUACGCAGGAAAGAAAGUGAUCGACUUUCCAAUCCGAGUGAAAUUCUCUCGGACGACGGAAAAGACUCGUCAAACUGCCGGAAGUUUUUGGAAUUCGGAACAAAGAUGGAGCUCAACCCGAAGAGAAUUGAGGCGAGGGAGAAGAAGCAGCAAGUUUCUUUUGUGGCUCGCGAAAAUCCCUAAAGAAAAAACAGAAAGUUGAAAGCUCUCCCCAUCGACGGAGGGCUCGCUAGAAGGAUCGAUCGGAAAAGAUCGCAGUAAAAUCACGACCGUCCCAUUUCGCCUGCUGCGUCAAACGAGCUCUCCGAUAUUCAACGUCCGAAAUAUCGAUACGAGCAAUCGAAGCCGGUGACAAAAAAGGCAGAAUCGUUUCUCAGCUGCGCGAAAAAGGAGGACGGAAAGAGAGAGAGAGAGCGGCUUGAAAAAUCAAAGAAAGGAAAGACACGAGAGCUGCGUGAAAGAAGAGAGACGAUAAGAAAAUUUGGAGGGAUGAGAAAAAGGUGCGCGCGUUCACGAACGGAUGUGGACAUAUCGAGACGUGAAAGACACUCAGGAUACAUACACGUUACCCGGGUUAAGUGUCCACGCUACGGUUUAUCGAAAGUUACACAAAGGCGAGAGCUGCGAGGAAAAAGAGAUGAAGAGGUAAGACGCGCACACGCGACGAUAUUCUAAAUAUUCGUAUACGAAAUGUCAAAAUACAUAUAAACGUAUAAGGAAAAAAAUGCUUUAUGCUAAGCGAGCGAGAAAACGAAGGAAGAGGCUAACAAUUCGUGUGAAUUCUUGAGGAAAGACGUUGACGCGCAUCAUUUAGUACGGCGAUGGGGCGAGAGCAAGACUGCCAAGCCUUUUCCCUCCUUUAACGACCGCUGUCAAUUAUUUUUCGAGUUUAUUUCAGAUCGAUUUUUAUAAAUCUCCAGGACGAAAAACAUUGAAAUGCUGAAAAUAAAUUGAUUUGAAUGGGGUUCCUUAUUGUACGAUUUUCGGAACCGAGACGAGGCUCCGACGAGUACAACGAUACCGCUGAGAAAAAAAGCUCGAAAUUUGGUCACGGUUUGCUCCACAUAUUCGUACGAGGAGACACGAAAAUUCUGUAGAGAAAAAUUGAAAGAUCGAAGUAAGUUGGAAGGUGGAAGAAAGGUUAAUGGAAAAGGAACAAUGAGGAAGAAUGAGACAUCGAAAGACCGGAAGAUCCCGCGUAAAGAGCGGUGCGGUCAGUUUGAUGCGCCAGCGUACCAUUCGGCACAAAAUACUGCUACUGUGCGUGUAAAAGUACCAACGUACACGCCGUACUCCGACGGUGUAGAGUACUCGGUACAGCGUACGAUAACAGUACGAAUAUAUUGAGUGCCGACAUACUCUUUCCACCGACACGAGGAAAACGUACCGCACCAGUACGGCGUAUGAAUUAUACGAUUAAACUUUCUCUUAUCGCGUGCGUCAAACUUUCGGGAAUGUUCAAUUGUAUGAAAAAUGAGUGGCAUGAAAUUAAAGAUUGUUCUCAUUAUUGAGGAGACUACGUUUGUUCAGCUGAUCCAAUAAAUGAUUCAUGCGUUACCCGGAGAAAGCCAGCACCUAUAUUUAAGCGAAUCUAGUCUCCAUUCAAUGUUCAUUUGUCGAACCAGUAUUCAUGCAGUGAUAAAAAAGUAACGAAAACGAAAAUGUCGACGUUCGUGAUCAUUUUUUGUGCCGCCUUCAGUCCCUGCGCCUUGGGAGCGCUCCUUCAAUCCAGCCCGUUGAAGCUAUAUUCGCCUGAAUUGAUGCCGGAACAGUGGUUAAUUAACUUUAUCUCUGACAAAAUCGACUAUGCAGUGAAAUCGAUGAGCAAGUCCACCUCACUUGUACAGAAGCAAUUUUUCAAUUUGGAUGUGCACUCCCCAAACAUGCUCAGUUUCAUGGGCUCCAAUCGUAACACACUAGAGAAGCAUUUUUCUACGCUCGAAAGCAACGUUGACAUCUAUCUGAAAAUGAACAAAGCAGGGGUAGAGAGUUGCGUCGCGUGCUCGGAGUGUCGGAAACCGUUCAAUGAUUACAAGACGAAUCUCUUGUCAGCGGCCAGCGGCGCGUACGGUCGGUUGGUCAGCGGGUUUGCAGAAUUGCUACGUCAGGAAGAUACCCAGCUUGCUUAUCUCAACGAACUCAGAAGUCGUGUCAACUCGGAGAAAGAUUUCAAUAAUUACGCGAGGGACAGAGAAAAGCCAAUUUCGAGGAGUGCGAUACCAAGAAGAGAGAAAGCUGCGAGAAAAUUGCUAAUCUCAAAAAGGAAAUCAAAAACCUUCGGAUCAAACUCGCCAAGGCUAAGAACACGAGUUCCAAAGAUUUUGCUGCCUCGAUUGACAGACGUUGAAACAUUUUUUUUCGAAAAGAACGAGGAUGCUGCGGACAGGGUCGCUCAAACGAGUCGCGAGUCUUCGGCUUGCGUUCGGAAAGAAGGUCCGGAGGCCGCGAUUCGGAGAGUCGACGAAGAGAACAUUCGAUUACGAAGGAAGCUCGAUCUCGUCAAGUACCAAAGUGACAAGCAACAAAGCAAACUCGCCAGUCUUCUGGAAGAAUACGAGGAGCUGGUGAAUGGAAGAAGGAGAAAAACUGGGAAGAGCAAAUUGGAGCAUCCGUUGAAAAAGAAAAUCAUCAGUCUCGAGAAUCAACUGCAACGCGUAAGCGUAAUGCAGAUGGAGGCUGACACCGUGCGAAAGAAAUACAGAAACGUGAGAUCGAACCUCAAGGCUGAUGCUGCGUCGUACGUCUCGUCUCUGAGGAAUCUCGAGAACAGUAUCAGAGAGCAGGAAAUUGAAAUCAAACAGUUGCAGAACGUGAAAGAAGAAGCGAUAGAGUUGCGUGACACGACGAAAGAAACGCUGACGAAACAAGAGAUCGAAGCGAUGAACACGAGCAAAGCGCGUGACUUGGUCAUAUUGGAUUAUCGCCAAAGAGUGGAGGAUCGGAAACUCGAGCUCGAGCGACUCGAGAGAAUGAUAUUUCCGGCAAGCCGCCAACUUCCGCGGGAAGAUUUCGAAGCGAGCGGCGAAACGGCGACGACGAAGGUCGACGAAAACGGGGACUGCGCGGCCAAGGACGAGGUCACGAGGCUCGAGGAGGCCUUCGUCAAAUUGCGGAGCGCGACUGGCGUGACCAGGACCGAGGAUGUACUCGACCGGUUUUUGAGCCAACGCGAGACCAAAGAGAAGCUCCAGAAGAUGCGCACCGUAACGGAGAACGAGAAAAUGAAUUUGGAAAGAAAAAGACAAAAGCUCACCGCCGAAAUCGAGUCUCAAAAGUUCUCCGAAACCAAAAACGCCGAUGAAAACGCCGAAGAACUGGAGUCGCUGAAUCGUCGAAUAUCGGAAGAAUUGGAGCGUCGGCGCAAGGCGUUGUCGGGAAAGGGACGAACGGAAGAAAUCUCGAGCGCGAUAUCGCGAAUUCUGUGGAAAUUUUGUGAUCUGCUGAGGGAUGUCAGCGAUUCACCGGUUCCCGUAGACCCUCAGCGCGUUACCGAUUCGGGGAGCCUUUUCGAAAUGCUCGAAGAAAAAAUUAACUGCUGCAUCGAAAUCAUGGGGGGCCUGGACAAGUACAGCGAACUGAUGGACCGAGCGCUCGCUGACGGGAUGGAGAACUUGUCGAAUGAUUCGAAAUCGGAAAACGAGAAGAUCGUACACGCGGAGGAACGACCAUUGUUUCCACUUUUUCCCGGCAGAGCAACGCCCGCUGUUCCUGCACAAGCGUCCGAGGACGAAGAGGACGUUCCGACGAGAAACGUGCUAAAGAGACAAGCUCAGUUGCUCGUCGACACGAAAAGUCGACGAAAAGAGGAACUCGGGGCUCUCAGGACUAGAAAAAAAAGUGUAAAAAAGUUCUCAGUCAGAAAAAUGCUGGAGUGGGCAUAUGAUGGAGUUAAUCCAGCGAUACCGCGCAACGUUGGGCCAGAAUGCGCCAACUUUUUGACUCCUUACAGGAGAAUACUGGAAACAAUCCUUGCGACUACACUUAUAGGACUUUGUUUAAGAUGGGGCUACAAAAGAAUGGUCUUUCCCAAAGCUGUUACGUACGCCAGUCCCGAGAGAACUGGCAGAAAAUGGUUGCUCGUUCUUAUGACUCUUAUUCUUGGAAUUGAAAUAGGAUUUAAAUUCACCAGUAGAACUAUAGUUUAUCUGCUAAAUCCUUGUCACAUCACGACUGCUGUUCAGCUGUAUCUGCUGUCCGCAAAACCAAGUCCCUUGGUCACGACAAUCUUCAGAUUACACUUGAACUUCUUGAAUGGUCCGGUUCUGGCUUAUCUCUUUCCGGAAAUAGAAUCACGUCAUAUAUUGCCGGAUAAAGCAAUGUAUUAUUUGCAACAUGGAUUGAUGUUGGUUAUUCCUUACUAUCUUCUGAGAGUGGGAGGUGCGUACAAUGUUGAAUCCCGGAAAGAUUUGAGCUGGUCGAUAUUCGCGUAUGGCAUAAAUCUCAUUUAUCAUUGGUGGAUUUUGCAAGCUGCAGCUAUGCCCGUCCAAGUGAAUCUAAGUCACAUACUUUGUCCAGCGAUUCUCGAUCCCUUUGGAUCGGUGAACUAUCGAAUAUGGGCGAUAAUCCAUCAAGGCUUGUUAUGCCCGUUGUUGUGCAAGCUCUUUGUCACAUUGGCAGACUAUUUCAUAACUCAGUGUCCAUUGACGAAAGUGAAAAGUUCAUUGGAACUUCCCAUAGAUUAUAUUGAGCAGAAUGAGAAAAGUUUAAACACCAAUGAAAACAGAGCCACGUCAGAAGACCUUAACAAUGGACAUACGCACUUUGAUUAAUGAAAAAUGUCUCUGAGAAAACCUCCCUGAACAAAUCACCAUCAGGCUUAUCGUUGUCUUAUCAAUAACACUCACGUGCAGGAUAAGACAAUGAUUAUGUGAAUAUUUAUAAGUAGAGUUAUCUAACUUUUUGUUUUUAAAAAAAAUUUGUUUUAACUUAAUCAUGAGUUUUUACGUGCUAGCGAAUUUCCUCGCGAUAAUUUUUAUUACUCAUCACGAUUCCACGUACCACCGAUGUAAGCUUUCAUCAUUUCCAUGAAAAAAUUUCAACCGCUUUGUGGAAACUGUCACGUUUUAUUUUUAUUUUUUUAAAUGAAAAGUCGAAAUAUUGAUGUUCAAAUGUACUACGUUUUCAUUCACUAUUAUUCAUUACUUUUUGUAACAUUCAGACCGAUAAAUGGUCUCUAUCAACACAAUUAGUUAUGCCAUGAAUAUCUAGUAAGAAAGCCACUAAUAUAUUUUCAAUAUUUUACAAAUUUACGGUAAAUUAGUGAGUAGUCGUAAUUUAAAUAGCGUUCAGGGAUCGUUCGACUUUAUCAACAUUGUUAUAAAAUUGAGCAAUACGUAAACCAUUCUUGUUCUAUUAAGAAAGCAAUGAACGAAAGCGACAAGAUUCUUUCCCGACACGAAUCUCACCACAUUAGCGACAAAAACAAUUUACCACACUCAAUUCUAAUCCAUGUAUGAUUAAAAUAUAAUUCUAAAAAACGAAAAACAAUACCGCUGAGACCGACAUUAAUAUAUUAUAAGCACGGAUAAAAACUGUUGUACUUAUGCCAACGUUUAUUUAUAAUUCUAGUAAAAAAGCAGUUGCUCCGUAGAUUUAGUAGCCUAUAACAUGAAACGGUUCGACGUUAUCGUUCAAUCCUAUAUGAAGAAAAUACCUCAUGACUUAAGAAGUUUUACCAAACCUUUUUAAGUUUAACAAAUAUGCUCGAUAAUAACGCGAAUAAAAAAGUAUUCAUUUGUUGUACACGUAAGAAGGACAUUUUACUGUCUCACGUAGAAAAAUCCAAAUAUUUUUAUACAGCGUUUGAAAAUUACCAAGAAAAUCAGUAAACAAUAAAAACAAAAAUUGAACUUGAACGCGAAAGUAAUAUGUAACGGAAAAUGCACGUUUCUCUAAGUGACAGUAUGACGAACACACGAAGUUUUCGAGCGCGCUCGCAUCCAUUGUUUAUUUAUGAUAUUGAAAUAAAGCAAUUUAUUUACA